AUGCCUAUUGCGCCUCCCAAGCUCAUUGAGAUGGUUGACACUCCCCCGCAAGCCGCAGAACCCGAGAAGCAGCUCUCACGCGCCGAGAUUGCCGCAACGAAGACCCGAGCUCGCAUGGCGGAGAUCAUGGGACCACGUCGUCCCCAUGCUACGUCUUCAGGUGCCAAGGGAAAGGGUGCCGUGGCUUCCGCCAAGGGUAAUGAGAAGGAGAAUGGCGAUGAUGACAAGGAUAUGUCGGGGUCUAAAGGCGAUGUGGAAAUGAAUUUGAUGGACUGA